GGAACAACACUGCAACGCGUACAAAGAGAACAGACUUACAGUAAAUAAAUGGAAAAUGGCGUCGUUUUGCCGAACAAAUGAAUCCUAUGAUUAUAAUUUCAAUUAAUUUCUUCUUGUGAAUGUAUCCUAACGCUUAAUUCACUCGUUAAUCAACUGCACCACUAAUACUUCUGUGUCACUAAAGUUACCUCUUCAGCGAGAAACUGCUCAGUUUCUUUGUAGACCGCAAUGGAUGCUUGUGUUAUGUUGGGGUGAUAUCUAUACUGUGUUUACAUGAAUUCGGUUCAGGGUUUAUCGUCAAGAUGCUGCCGACCGUGGAGGAGAGCCGGGGCUACGACUUCCAGGACCCCGACAACGCCGCCAAGUGGCGGGGGCUCUUCAUAAACUCCCUCCGGAAGUUGCUAGAGCAGGCACACCCGUCGCUGCGCGUGGAGGAAAGUGCUCUACAGUACGUGGAGAGCCUCUGCCUGCGCCUGCUGUCCAUGCUCACCGCGCCCCCCUCCCCGCUCACUGUGCAGGACGUAGAAGACCGCGUGGCGCGCACGUUCCCCAAGCCCAUCGACCAGUGGACGCUCACGGACGCGCGCGAGAAUGCCGCCCAGAAGAAGAGGAAGCCCGUGCUGCCUAUUGACAAGAUACACCACAUGCUGCACAAGGAAGUCCUUCUCUACAAGCUGGACAUAGCGGUGGCGAGCUACAUCACCAACAUCCUCGAGUUCAUCUCGCUGGACAUCCUCAAGUUGACUGGAAACUUCGUCAAGAAGAUCAGCCAAAAGUCCGGUUGCGACACUGUCACGUGUCGGGAUAUCAAGACAGCCAUGUGUGCUGACAAGGUGCUAAUGGACAUGUUCUACCAAGACCCGGACCUCACGGCCUCCAGUGCCGCCUCCAAAGACGCGGCUGGCAAGAACGGAGCCAUCACGUACGGAGAGCUGGUCAGAGAUCUGCUGACGGACGAGAAACAGUUCCUGAGAGAUUUGAACUUGAUUAUCAGGGUGUUUAAAGAUGAGAUUGAGAGGAUAUUGGACAAUGAUGCCAGGGCGGUGUCCCUGAUCUUCGGCAACAUCGUGGACAUCUACGAGCUGACGGUGACGCUGCUGGGCAACCUCGAGGACGCGCUGGAGGUGUCGCAGGACUCCGCCUCGCCCUACAUAGGCAGCUGUAUAGAAGAACUAGCCGAGGUGGAGGAGUUCAGAGCGUACGUGCGCUACGCCAACAUCGUGACGCGCCGCGAGUCCCGGGAGGCGCUCCGGAAAGUGUUAGAUGACCCACUACUAUCCGAGCGUCUCGACACGGCCGGGCACGGGUUCCGCCUCGCGUGCAAGUACUACCUGCCGCGGCUGCUGCUGGCGCCGCUGGCUCACGUGUUCCUGCUGCACACAUAUGUACUGGCGCUGAGGAGGCACGCGCCCACGCACGUCGACAGGGAGAGCUUCAAGCAGGUGGAAUGCAAUCUAGACCCAAUCAAGAAACUAUUAAUCAAAGCUUUAGGAAAUGGACCAAAACUUGAGGCGACGCUGCGCAUGGCGACGCGCGCGCGCAGGCAGCUCGCCAUCGAGAAGUGCAACGAGAUGGCCAAGAUAGUCGAGAACUGGGACCUGCGAGACAUCGGCCAGUGCUGCAACGAGUUCAUUAGAGAGGACACGCUCUCCAAGAUAGGCCCGGGCAAGCGCGUGGCGGAACGACGGGCGUUCUUGUUCGACGGACUGUUGCUGCUGUGCAAGCCUAUCACGGGACUGCCGCCACCGAAACAGCCAGCGAAAGACAAAGAGAAGAAAGAAGCAGAGAUAGCGAACAAAGACAAAGACUCCAAAGACCCGAAAGAGCCUGAAAAACCAGAGAAAAACAUUCAACUGAAGAUGAAAGAAAAACUUCACAUACGCAAGUUGGAUGUAGUGGACCGACAGGACACUGAUGACGCGAAGCACCUAGUAGAACUAGUCCCUCGAGUGGGCGCGCCCGUGCUGCUGGCGUGCGCCUCCGCCGUGGACAAGCGCGACUGGAUGUGCGACCUCAUCAUGCUCAACACCAAGCCCAUGCUGGACCGCGCGCUCGACAGCAUACUCCUGGACCUUGAAAAGAAGCAUCCGCUACGGUUGCCCUCUCCGGAAGUUUACAGGUUCGCGGAGCCGGACUCGCCAGCCAACAUGGUGCUAGAGGAGCGCGGGAACAACACCACGCCGCUCAUUAAGGGUGCGACCCUCCUAAAGCUGGUCGAGCGUCUAACAUACCACAUCUACGCGGACCUGAACCUGGUGCGGACCUUCCUCACCACGUACCGCUCCUUCUGCACCGCGCCGCAGCUGCUGACCUUACUGAUAGAGAGGUUCAACAUCCCGCCGCCGCCCAGCCCGCACCACACAGAGGAGAGCAUAGAGAACAUAGCGACGAGCGACGCGGAGAAACUGAGCAAAAAUUCGAUGAGAGAAGACUGGAAGAGAUACAGGAAGGAGUUCGAACAGCCAGUCAAGUUCCGUGUGAUCAACGUGCUCCGGCACUGGGUGGACCAGCACUGGUACGACUUCGAGCGCGACCCCGAGCUGCUGCAGCGCGCCAAGACCUUCCUGCUGGCCGUGGACGGGAAGCCCAUGAGGAAGUGGGUCCUUAGUGUGCUGAAGAUCAUUGACAGGAAGAGCCAAUGCCUGGACGAAGGCGUGUGCCACGUGUUCUCGCACUCGGCGCCGGCGGUGAUCCGGCACCUGGCGCCGCCCGCGCCCGCGUGGCACCCGCUCGCGCUGCACCCGCUGGAGCUGGCGCGCCAACUCACGCUGUGCCACUUCUCGCUCUACAGACAGGUGAAGCCAUCGGAGCUGGUGGGCGCGGUGUGGACCAAGAAGGACAAGGAGAAGACCAGCCCCAACCUGCUCAAGAUCAUCAAGCACACCACCAAUUUAACCCGAUGGAUGGAGAAGUGGAUAGUCGAAAGCGCGAACCUAGAAGAGCGGGUCGCCGUGUGCUGCCGCUUCCUUGAGCUGUGUGUGGCUCUUAGAGACCUCAACAACCUUAAUGCGGUCUUAGCCGUGGUGGCGGCCUUCGGAUCUGCCGCUGUACAUAGGCUGAAGGGGACAUUACAGCUGGUCCCCCCGCGCCUGCACCGCGCCCUCGAGGAGUUCCGCGAACUGAACUCGGACCACUUCCGGCGCUACCAGGAGCGCCUGCGCAGCAUCAACCCGCCCUGCGUGCCCUUCUUCGGCAUGUACCUCACCAACAUACUGCACAUCGAGGAGGGCAACGCGGACUACCUGCCCAACUCGGAGCUGAUAAACUUCUCGAAGCGGCGCAAGGUGGCGGAGAUCACGGGCGAGAUCCAGCAGUACCAGAACCAGCCCUACUGCCUGAGCGUGGAGCCCGCUACUAUGGCAUUCCUGGAGUCUUUAGACCCGUUCCCCGGCAUGGACGACAACGAGAUCACCAACUACCUGUACGCCAAGAGCCUCGAGAUCGAGCCGCGCCCGCCCGCCAAGCAGAUGCCCAAGAUCCCGCGCAUGUACCCCGAGCUGUCUCUGAAACAAGUGAAGGUGUCGCGCCGCGCGCACCACGACCACCACUCCACGUCCAGUAACGAUGAUACGCUCAGUGUGUCCCAACUGUCCCCCACGGGCAGCUCGGCGUGGGACGGCACCUCGCUCUCCUCGCUCAGCAUCAUGUCGCACGACGACCGCAGCUCGCUAGUCAGCCCGCGGCUGGAGCGCUGCUCGAGCAGCUCGUUCAGCCUCUUCGACAAGGGGCUGGCGCUGUUCGACAAGACCAAGUCCUCCACGCUGUCGUCAAGAUCAUCCAUCAGUCUGCGGGACGAGCCCCCCUCGCCGAGAGAAAGGCAUUCGCCGAGGCACGAGCGCAACGGGUCUGGCGAGCGGCGCGCGGCGCUGUCCCCGCGCGGCGCCAUCGUGGACGCCGCGCUGUUCUACGCCAGCGCCGAGCCGCCGCGCGCGCCCAGUGCGGAGCGCGUGCCGCCGCUGCUGCCGCGCCACAGCGUGUCGCACCCCGCGUCGCCGCCGCCGCUCGCGCCGCGCCGGGCCGUGUCGCCGCAUGAUAACACGGCCCCGGACGAGCGGCCGCCGCUGGCGCCGCGCAAGCCCGCCUCCCCCGACACACCCGCGCCCGAGCCGCCGGACCGACCCCUUCCGAGCCCAAAGCACCACGACCUAUCCAGAGCGCCGGCGAUGUCCCCCGCGCGCUCCCCGCACCACCCCCCCUCCAGCCCGCAAGUCAUCGGCGACAGACCUGUGCCGGCGCCGCCCGCCUUCUCGUUCCCGCAGCGCGCGCCGCCGCCCUCCCCGCCCGCGCCGCCGCUCACGCCGCACCCCCCCUUCGGCCUGGGCGCCGCGGGCUCCGUGCCGCCCCCCCUCCCCCCGCGGCCCGCGCCCGCCCCCGAGCUGCUGCGCCCCGCGCACUCCACCAUCCUGCAGCGGCGGCAUCUUAAUAAUACCACCCAACCUCUGGAUGAUCGGAUUAUAGAAGAAGACGAUACAGACGCGGACGCGGACUCAAUAACAAGCAGCGAGGCGCCCAAGCUGCCGCCCAAGCCGCCGCCGCCCGCCCUCGCGCCGCGCACCUAGCCGACCCUACAUACACGCUUAUAUACAACCAUUGACUUAUACAUUACUAGCGUAAGGACAGGCCCAACCGCUCUAGGAAAUUACACCCUCGUGUUAACCCUACAAUCUCAUAAAUCUGUCAUAAUUUGUAUGGGGUGUCAUUUUCUUUUGACAGAACGUUCUGGCGGGCGUAUCCUUCCUUUUGUAAUUAUUGUAUACAACACUAUAUAUACAGUAUACACACACUACGGGAUUUACAGCUCGCCAAGACGAGUGUAGCAUGUGAUGGAAUGGAUCUUGAGGAAGGUUUAUAUUGAACUUCUGAAGGCAUAUUAGACAAUCGAAGUAUUGGAUUUUGUGCCAGUAGUACAAAUUUCUCCAAAUAUCCAAUUUUGGACUUCUUGUGUAAAGAACGUAUUAAAGAACAUAUAAUGCUACGUAUUUGACCUAUCUGUGGCAAAAUAAGGCCCGUCUUGACAGCUACACUAAGUGGUAAUUUGCGCUUGAACAAAUACAUAAAAAG